AUGGGGGAAGAAAAGGGGGCGAUAAAAGCGGAAAUAGAAGACGAACGUAAUUUACAAAUUUGUCUUUGCUUCGUAGAAUCGGUGCAAGAGUCUCUAGAGCGUAGGUUUGGUCGUGUUGGCGGCCGUAUUCCCGUCACACCAUCCGAAGCCUUCCAGAAACGUAUAUCUGGCGCUUCCGAAAAAGAUAUUGUUCACUCUGGUCUGGACUAUACAAUGGAGAGAUCCGCUAGGGCUAUUAUGAAGACUGCCAUGAAAUUCAAUCUGGGACUUGACUUAAGGACAGCUGCGUAUGCCAAUUCGAUUGAGAAAAUAUUCACUACUUAUUCAGAAGCUGGUCUCGCUUUUUAAAUCUCUUUUAGUCACCAAAUUGUACGUAUGCAAAUAUCGUACUAACGAUAAAGACGAAAUCAGUUUUUACCCUAAACACCGCAAGAAGUGACCUGAAUUUAUCAUCCAAAAGAUAUUUACGAACAACAUUGAACGGUUAUGCCAAGUCGUAAGGGCCGAAGUCCAAAACUUGCGAUGGAAAUCAUGGAAGCAGAAUAAUUACUUGUCACGUUUCUCAUUGUGACGAUUGCCUAGUUACAUAUAGAGCCACAUAAAUUGGAUAUUAUGAUAUUGUUAAGUAACAGUAACGAGAUAGAGUCCAAAGAAAAGUCGAAUAUCGACCUUUUUUUUCCUCUAAGGUAGGAAAGGCCAGGCCGAAUGCAUUUUUAUAUUUCACUUUUUAUGUAUAAGAUACGAAGGAGUAUCGUUAUACAAAGCUGCCGUUGAGAUAAUUCGUUAUGUACCUCAAAUAUGCCAUUUUAACGAUAUUGCUGUAUUUCCGAUAUUGCACUUACUGUAAAGAAAAGACUAUUUAUGAUUUUAUCUUACGACAAAGUUGGCUCUCACGAAUCAACGAGAGCGUGAUAUAUCUGAUAGAAUAUAUAAUGUUACGUGCAACAUAUAAUUGUUAUACACAACACGUGCGAUAUUCUGUUAAUAAAGAUACUCAAUUCUGAAAGUAAAUUGUCUUUCAUAUAUAUACGAAUGCAUAAAUACGUCAUUUGUGAUUGCAUUUGACACGUGUAUAUAUUGACAGAUGCUAUUGAAGCAAUAGUAUGUAGUAGGACUUAUCGAUUACACUUUGCAAGUAUAAAAAUAAGAAAACCGAUAGAUUAUGAACUAA